AUGAAGAGCUUUCCUGUUCAUGAUGCCAGUCAGGGUACUGCGGAUUCACUAAGUGAUACACCUGGCGUUUUUGAGACAUGGGCCAUCAAGUCUGAGCAGUUAGUGAAUGUUGCCCUUACUGUACGUGUUUUCCUGCACUCUCAUUCGUUAACUUCAUCAAUGAUAUUGGUAAUGCGUACGAGUGUUUAAUAAGACAAACUGUUUUUACCAUACAACCUCACAAAAGUUUAUUCAUUUGUGAAACGUCUUGUUAUUCUGGUAAAAUAAAAUUCUAUACACAUUGACAAAUUUAUAUUGGCUAAUAUUAAUCUUGCUGUACAGGAUUCAGUUAUCAAGAUCCUAGAUGCUUUCUAUCAUGAUAGGCACUAUGCAAGGUUCUAUGUAUUGGAAACUAUUGCGAGGGUGCCCUACUUUGGUAAGUCUGCAUGUGAAUCCGCACAAAUGGAUGUGCUUUUCUCUCUUUGAAAAAUUAUUCCAUUUCUCUUUAUUUAAUUUUCUGCAGCGCCAUUUUUUUCGAACUUUCGUAAUUCAUUUUCAGUGAAUUUUUUUCACUGAGUGAAUUACCUAACUAAUUAAUUUCCCUACACUUGUGAUUACUGGUUAUUUUAUCUUGGGCCAAGUUGCUGAAAGCCUUCUCUAUUUUGCACGGCAGCCUUUAUAUCAGUUCUGCAUUUGUAUGAGAGCUUUGGGUGGUGGAGAAGAGCAGAUUAUCUGAAAGUGCAUUUUGCUGAAAGCUGGAACGAGCUACAUCACUUGCUAAUCAUGGAGGUCUCAUUUUGCCCAUUUGAUUCUGUUUCUUUUCCUUUUCCUUUACUAUUGUUAUAUAAAUAUGUGCAUCUGUCAUGAAAUAGUAGGAACUUCUAUCUUUAAACAGUCAAGAAGAGAUACGUUCUAGUAUCAUGGAUGUUCUAACCCUAGUCUAUGAAAUAUAACAUUAUUUGAAGUACAAAUCCACCAGUCUUCCUUUCCUUAAGUAGUUGCUAUUCUCUCCUCUCUUCCCUUGUACGGAAUUUAGAAAACUCUUUCACUUAAAAAAUAGAAACAGCACACAAAAUGGGUAUAUUUUCAAUGAGAUUUCCAUUCUCACUUCUGAUCUUUUCCCUCUUUGUAGCUUGAGUCAUCCCGCACGGAAGUCUCCUCUUCUGUGGUUACCAUCCCGCACUCUUAAACGAAAACUGUGCAGCUUCCAUGAAAUAAUGACUGGAAUAGGCUCAAGGAUGAAUGGAAAUUUUCCUUACACCUUUAUGAUCAAGGGAAUCUAUCUGAAUCUUAUUUAGCAUGAAAAGUGAAGACUGAGACACGUUUUGUUAGGCUUUUUAUUUCCCAGUUUUUGGAAAAGCUUCAGUAAUAAUCUACUCAAAAAGUUCGGCAAGCUGAUGAUAUCAUUUUUUUUUCCAAUAUGAUUUCAUUUGUCUAAGAAUCUUAUAAAUCAGCCAGUUUGUAUUCUUUGAGUUGGAGCCGUCACACUGGCUACUUAGUAUUUUUAAUAUUGUAGCUUUUUCUUUCUUUCUCUUUCUUUGCAGGAACUCGGAGGGAAUGCUCUGUGGUUUGACAGACUCCUUGCCCAGCAUAUUGCAAUCUUUUAUUACUUCAUGACCGUUUUUAUGUAUGCUCUGAGCCCGAGAAUGGCAUGUAAGUAAUACAAUAUGCAAUGGCACAUUCAUUGAGCCUUUUCACUUAUACUCAUAACAUGUUUGAUUAGAAAUAUUGUACAAAAUGUUGGAUUGUGCAUAUAUUUGCAGGCGAUAUUUAGAAAUGAAUUAAACCACUAGCUUUUAUCUGAGUCAUGGAAAAUGAUACGCAUUAAAAGGGAACAGACUUAUGCAGUCGACUAGGAAGAGGUAGGAUACAAAGAUGAAAUGCCACUAACUCAUUCACAGUUGUGGCCAUCAAAAUUUGAGACCUGAAUGAUAUGUGGGUAUAUCUAGCAAAAAGAUCAGGACAUAGGUUCAAAAUGAUGAGAAGGAGGUUGGUGGGUUUUGGAUUGUGAAAAAAGUGGUUGACGUUUGAAUGACACAGACCAGAUGUUGCAGAGGUCAAUUGGAAGGUCACAAGAAUGGAGUGAGAUGGAGCGUGUAUCUCAAUGAUGUAAUGAUAUGCAAGCGAGUUCUGCUUCGUGUAACCUGUACCAACUCUGAUUUUCACUAUCCAUUUACGGAACCAGUUUUAUGCUGAGAGAUGGAAACAGCUUCUGCUUAGUCUAAUCAAGACCAAUUCUGAUUGUACUAUCCAUCUAUGAGAACCAUACGAAGCUUUUCUGGAAACUUUUAUUAACGGAUUACCACCUGUUGCUUAAAGUGGGCUGGAGGAGUAGAACAAAGUGUUGUGCUAGGUCAUGGUUAUAAUCAUGUAAUGGGUGUCCAUGGGGAAGGCUUUGUGUUCUAAGCAAAUGGCGAGUCUCCUUCAGUACACAUAUCCAUUUUGCUCUUGGUAAUUUGUGAUCUGUGAUGGAUUACUCUGACUUCUUUUUCAUGGGUGACCAUGAUUUCUCAUGCCAAAUACGUUGAUGUUUGAGUGAUGGUAUGACGCAAACUGCUUGAAACAUCCCUUACUGAUGGUCCAUUAUAUUCCAUCUGAUUUUUAUAUGGAAUACUCAUGCCACAUGUUUGGAUCUUCACAACAAUCAUAUGAAUACUUAUUAGAUUCCGUAUUAUCAUGCUAUACCCCGUCUCAUCUUUUAUCUAACUUUAUUUAUUUUAGUGAAUUUAUAAUGCACGCAUUACACAUGCUUGAAUAUUAGUUCAAUUAAUUCUGUGGAAGAUUUGUGAAGGUCAUUAAUAAUGUAACGAAUAGAAUGAUUUAUUUUGCUUUUUAUCAGUGUUUAUUUAUAGAUGAUGUUUUGUCAUUUACCACCUUUAUUUUGUGGGAGCUGAGUGAUUUCAUUCAUGCUAAGUCAAAGUUGCAUCUUGAUCAGUUUGCCCUUUAUGGCUUGGUUUUUAGAUUAUUUAGUUUUAGCUUUCUUGGAAACUAGUUGAAUUAGUGAUGAGCGCUCUUUGUUAGUCAUCUAAGUCCCCAAACGUUAUUAUACUCCUAUUUUUUAGUCUCAGAGUCUAAUCAUGUACCUAGCAUCUAAUUUAAGCAAAAAAGAAUAAACUAUCCUCAUAAUUUAUUCAACUUUUCUCUCGAUCUGCUUACUUCUGCUGGGCGACGAGAAUGCUAGAGUUGUGGCAGCCCUAGUCAUGGGCCAGUGGCCCUUCUCUUUUGGGUCCAUUGGUGCCGUAUUCUUGCUUCCAUCCCCUCUCCAGACCGGAGGACAGAGAGAGAGAGGCCCCGUUUCCACUGUUACCCCAUCUUCCCACCACCGUCCCCUUGCUGGACAGAAGAGCAUGAAAGAGAGAGGAAGGGAGGGAGAGAUGAAGGGUGAAGGGCUCUUGCAACCAACCCUGGUUUUCCAUGGUGGGCCAAUGGAGAGGGGCCAGAAAACUUUCUGUGUCUUCCGUUUCUCUCCUUCCUCUCUCGCAGGGGGACCAGAGCAGAGCAGAGAGAUGGUGCCCAUGGAAAGGGGAGAGAGGGAUAGAGAGAGAAAGAUGAAGUGGGGAGAAAGGGACGAUGGCCCCUCUCUAUCAUUGGCCGUUUCUCUGUUGACACUAUCCUGUCUGGAGAAACGAGGCCAAUGGAAAUUGGCCAUUCGCUCGUUCUCUAUCCUAGCCUAUUUUACCUCCUCUCUGAUAAGGGUACUGCCGGGAAGAUGGAAUCAUGGGAGAGAGGGUUCAUCAGGCGGGUCUUUCUCACUUCGCUUUCUCUGUUUGUUCACUGCCAUUUGGAGAAACAAGGCCAACAGAUAGUAGCUCUGGCCCUUCCUCUGAUCCUUUCUCUGACCUUCCUCUACAUGGUGAUUUUUAGUACUAGCUGGGUGUAACACAAGAUUGUAGAGGUUCUUCCAGAUUCUUCAAGAUCUCUUGAUGAGCAGGGAAAAACCUUGCUGGUUUCAAGUUUUAUGCUUGAACAACUGGGGUCCCUCUAUAGGGAAUAAUUUAAAUAACGAGUGUUUGAAGAAUGCUUUCUAUUAUCAUUUUUAUGGGCCGGUCCAACAGGGAGAACGGAUGAGGCCUCAUGUUGACUGCCGACCUUAACCCCUGGAAGCUGCUGGUGAGAUUCGCUGCAAUUGCUACAGCUACUACUAUGGCAGAAAUUUUUGUGGGCAUAUCUUUCAAUCUCACAGAUCUGCCCCAUGUUGGUUGAGAAGACAUUUGUGAUGCUGAAGAAAGCGCCCAGGGUCCAGACCAUGACUAAAAAGGGACCAAGCGGAGCUGGUGGGAUUUAGGGUCAUGCGCUGAUCCCUCCAGUUGCUGAUUGGCAAGAGAAGCUUUUCCCUAUCUUAAGGAAGCAUUGGUCUUCACCCUUUGUUUGUAGGGAAAGUAGAGCAGGAAGUCAAGGAAUGAGCUUUGCAAAUAGAAAGGAAGGAAUGGAUUGGACGCAGUACAUGCACACAAACUAAAUAAAUAUGAAGCUGGAAAUAACAUGAUGGUGCUAGAGACUUAUAGUAGUUGGGUUAACAUCAUACCCACUCUGCUCCUCUAGAAACCAAGAAAGAUGACGAAUGCAUGCAGAGAUUUGAAGCUAGUUGCACUUGGUUUGACGAAUCGACACUGUGGAGAGAUUGGAAGACAAGAAACAUGUGAAAAACAAGACAAGGCUUAGGUAGUUCCUAUGGAUGACUUGAUUUGACAAUCCAUUCUUAGAAGAAAAUGGAACAAAUUCCACUGCAUGUUAGAAAAGUUUAACAAUUCUAAACGGCAUGCCCUGCCAAUAGAGUGGGACAGGCGUCAGCACAUUUUCAUAACGGGAAAAUUCCAAGACCUUGAAACACUAAAUUUGCAGUGCAACUUUUAGAGUUUUUUCUUUUGUCUCAAAGACCUUGAAACACUUUUUCAAUAAAUCCACGUUUUCCUCUGCCUUUUUUCUCACAUUUCUAUUUCACUGUACUUUCUCUUAAAUUUAUUCUGUCUUCGCAUCAUACCUGCUGUAAAAAUGGGCUUUUCCCUAACCAUCCAGUAGAGUCUGGUCUAUGACUAAGUUGAGUGUUGGCCGUCUGUUUACUUGAUUGAAGGCUGAUGUGUAGUUCGAUAUUAACUGUAGAAAGAAAAAUUCUCAUACUUACGAGUUUAUCUUCAUCUGAUGCAGACCAUUUUUCGGAAUGUGUUGAAAAGCAUGCAUAUUCUACAUAUGACAAAUUUGUAAAGCUCCAUGGUGGUAAGUGCCGAUUUUUCUUUACACAGCUUUAAAGGACCUUCCCAAAAAUGAUAAGCUUUUUGUCAGUUUCAUAUUUUUUUACAUCUGAGUGAUAAGCUUUUCAGUACAUCUGAGUUUUUUAGUGUUAGUUCAGAGAUUUAUGUCACUUAUUUGUAUGAAAUAAUCAGCAGGGCCUCUAGUUAUAAUCCAGAUGUUCUAUCUAAUGAGAAAGCUGCCUCCAGAAAUAUAGGGAAUAGUCUUUCAUUCUUGGAUAUAUAAUUACAUAUCUUUUCUUUUAUUUCCAUACCAGAAUUUUUGUUACGAACUGGAAAUAUUAUGAUUCUGCUGUCAGUGUUGACCAUGGUACCAGAGAGACAUUGGCGCGACUGCUGUACUAUGACUUUUAAGGCAGAUGGUCGUAGCUAAAAUUCUUUGAAUUACUUUCUUUAUAUUGCUUGACUUGCCUAUCAGCUGUCAACAGAGCUAACCGGAAAUAUGCUAAUUGGUAGCGAAAGGGAGGUCCAUAUAUGAUCCAAAAGAUUUCUAACAGAAAUGGCUUGAUAUUUUCAGAAAUCAGGCUUCAAGCCGGCACAAAACCUGGAUAGGGUCACACAGCAUACCCUUUCAUCUUAUAACAAAUCUUCAUUUCCCCAUUUUUUUUGUGUUAAAAAUCUGAGAGUGAACUUUAUGAUAUGAGAUCAAACAAAAUAGAGGUGACUCCAAUGACAUUCUUGCCCCCCUUUCUAUCGUUUUUAUUUUUCUCUCAUGGGAGGUUACAACCAGUAGUCGGGGGAGUUUCCCUCUCUAUUUUAUGGCUAAGAAUAUUAUUUACACCAGAUGCACAUCUAUAGUGGCGAUUUUAAGACUGGGUAUAUACACUGGAACCGAUCUUAAUAACUUAACACACCUCGUGUUUGUCACUACAUUUCAGGAAAAUGUUGGCAUACGCCUAAGAAAAAAAAUGUUUGUGUUUUUAUGGUAUAAGGUAGUGAACUAUUGUUAUCUAAUGAUCGCGCAAGACGGGACACAAUCACUCUGAUGCAGCCUCUUCAACCUUGCCCAGUUUCUUCUCUUCAUUGUGAUCCAUGCCGUAGGGUGCCACAACUGCUUCUCUUUAUCAUGGUACCAUAUUCCGGGAGGUCACCAAAAUUAUUCUACCACCUGCCGCAUGCCUCUUCUUACAGUCAACUGCAAGAAGCUAUUCUCUCAUCCCUUUAACCUUUCUCAGUCUGCUGCAUUGCAUAGGGAGAUCCCAGUGCCGCAUUGUAUGAUGAUUAUAUCGACUCUGAGUUGGAUCUACCCCCUACUGGCUCACUAGAUUUCCAGACCAAAAUGUGACUGGAGUUCUGCAGUUCUUUUCUUUGUUUGCAUCCACCAUACACCAGAUGUCUCAUUCAAAUUGAACUGAUUUAUGUUCUGGGCAUUGCGUUCAAUCUGCUGUGCUCACCAAAUACCACCAAUUGGGAGGUUACCAGUGAAGCUGAAAAGUCGGGUCAUCUGUCUGCACAUUGUUCUCUCUGAAGCCUCUCUCUGUAAUUGUAACUCCGGUACCUGAAAUAAUAGGCUACUGAGUGUUUGAGAGGGAAAUAUUUGAACGACACAGAGCUAAUCUUUCUGUGCUUGGUAGUCGCGUUUAUGGAAUGUAGAAUCAAUAUAUCUUAUAGGAUUCUUCACGUUUUAUCUUACGCCUGGAAUUCAUUAUUUGGAGAUGGGUCAACUGCAAUUCCAUGCUUAGAGUUCUUGGACGUAGUUUGCUGCAAGUACACAUUUGGGCAGAGUUCUUGGACAUGGUAUGACAAAUUUGGACAUAAUUUGCCGCAACCCAAGUCAAUUAAAAUUACCACAACUACUACAAUGACACAUAGUUGGCCAACUAUCAGCUUGGACACGUGUUUGGAGUUCUUUGGUGGUGCUAGCUUAGAUUUCAUGACUGUGAUGAGUUAGGAAAUGUUUUCCUAGAUCGAAAGGAUCUCUAAUCUAUGUGGUUCUUAGAGAAUGAUGGGAUAAAAUCCUUCAACUACAACAAGCUUUCUCUCGUACCCACGUUCUCCACCUUCAUAAAAUGGAGCCUGAUAAGAGAACAGUCACUCCAUCUAAAUGUAAUGAUCCAUCAGGGACUGAACAUUGAUAGCGGUGGUUUAUUCGCAGAACCAUUGCCGAUUCUUCUGGAUGGUCUUUUGAAGCAGACAUUUAAGUAGAUAUAACGUAAAUAAUUAAAAAGUUUCCAUCUUUUUCUUAGUUUACUCGAUCUCGAGAAUUCAAUCCAGAUGGAUGAGUAAAGUGUUCUUACAGAAGGAUCCAUUGUUUGCCAUGCAAGAGUGAUCAAUCUGCUUAUUGUCAGGCUCAUAGACUUUGGGCUAUUUUAAUCCGAAAAACAUAGUCUAUUCUUCGUCUACUUCACAAUUUUGAUGAUUUCGUUACUUGGAAUUGCUUCAGAUGAAUUGAAAAACUUACCUGCUCCAGAAGUUGCUAUAAAGUAUUACAUGGGUGAAGACAUGUAUUUGUUUGGUAAGUGGAUCUGAAAGGAGCACCAUUUUGUAAUCUUUAUGCAUCCUCAGUUUCACGCUCUGUUUCUGAUUGUUUGCGUUUGAGCAGAUGAGUUCCAAACAGCAAGAGCUCCCAAUACCCGAAGACCGCAGAUAGGUGCUUGCUACUGAACCAAAGUCAUGUACCAUCUGAUAAAUGGCUACUGUUUAUGUGGCUAUCUAUUUUCUUAGGCUGGAUCAUUCUAAAUUGGGCAUUUAUGACGGUUGUUGCUAAUGAGAUUUUUUUUUUUUUUUUUUUUUUUUUUUUUGGGAUGUCUUUAGAGAACCUGUACGAUGUGUUUCUUAACAUCAGAGACGAUGAGGCUGAACACUGCAAAACCAUGAAGGCCUGUCAGUCCCACGGCAACCUCCAGUCUCCUCACUCAAAUCCAGACUAUCGUGAGGAUGAUUCGUGCACUGCCCUUCCGCAGACAGACUGUGAAGGUAUUGUUGAUUGCCUUAAGAAGUCUGUGACGUCUCAGUGA